AUGGCGGGGCUGCCGCUGGGCUGCGAGAGCCGCCGGAGGGUGAGCCCGGGCGCGGAGCCGCCCCCCGCCUGCCUGGCGUUCGCCAUUGACAGCAUCUUGAAGCGCAAGUCUCGCGGCGGCGCGGACUCGGCCAGGAGCCCCAGACUGCGGCGGGAGCCGGGCAGAGCCCGCUGCUCCCGGCUGGACCCAGAGGAGCAGGAGGAGGGGCCUUUGGAACAGCAGCCCCGUAAACGCUACAGAAACCCGGGAAAGGAGACCUGCCGGAUGGCCGCGGACCGGGCUGCAGGACUGGGCCUCAGGCCCGGCGGUGAAGCAGGAGGAGGAGCGGGCUCCCCCCUGCCCGAGGAAUUGCCCCGCGGCCCCGACCCCUCGCACCUGGAAGGAGGAGCCGCCGGGGCCCGCGGGAGCUGCAGCAAGAAAAGCAGCAAGCUACUGGCGGGGGCCAGCAAGAAGAAGACCCGCACCAUCUUCUCCAAGAGCCAGGUUUUCCAGCUGGAGUCCGCCUUCGACACCAAGCGCUACCUGAGCAGCGCCGAGCGAGCCGGCCUGGCCAGCGCCCUGCAGCUCUCCGAGACCCAGGUGAAGAUCUGGUUCCAGAACCGCCGCAAUAAGCUCAAGAGACAAAUGUCUGCGGACCUGGAGGGCCCCGCUCCGGGCCAGGCAGAGCCGCCUGGGGAACUGCUACCCCAGGGGGCGGCAGCUGCGGCUUCGCUCGCCUUCCCGACCCUGUACAAAGACAGCACUUUCCUCCGUCGUUGUUUACUGCCGCUGUCCUUCCCCCUGCUCUAUCCGGGCAGCACCGUCCCGUACCUGUGUUUCCCAAAUCCGGGCAAAUAUUUCAGCCUUUUGGAUGGGGAUGUAUAACCUCCCUCCCAUCCUGCUGCGCCCCCCGCACCUUUCCGCCCUCCACGUCGGCAGCCGAACGGCCUUGUUCCAGUUAGCGGCUGAUGAAGUCGGCAUGUUCCGCUCUACGCACAGCUUGUCAAUAGGAUCCCUUCACCCCGCUCUCUGGUGUGUCUUCCUGCACUUGUUUCAGCCCGUAACUUAUUAAAAAGACGCGACAAAAGCAAAGUCCUAUGCAAAGCUACUGCUUUUAACCAGGGAUCCAUUUAACUUGGAACCCUGCAUGUUCCCAGUAUCCGUCUUUCUCCCACACCGGGCACCUGCGAAGGGGGUGGAUAACCCCCUUGCUCUAGCAACCCUUAAUAAAAGAGAAACGCUGUCGUUUGAUUAGUUCAAAUGUUAUCCAAACACAUGCAAACACCCAUACUACUAGACGAAUAAAAAUAUAAAUCCAAGCAACCAUUAGCUGUGGCUGAUCACAAGCUGGCUUUCUCUUUCAGGUGAAAGGCGAAUUUGUCUCUAAAAUAUUGUUAAAGUUUCAAAGGGUAUUUUUACAAAGGUCUUGUUUACAAUUCCGAUUUUUCUUGUUAGUAGAGAUCCAGUUGUUGAGAACCAAAGAAAAUGGGACAUUAAUUCUGGAGACCAUUCAUUUGCUAUAUAGAUCUAUGUCUCAGUAGCAAAUGCUAUGUCCUGCAUCACACUGAAUCUCUCUCUCGUGUGGUUGAGGCUGUGAGUACAAGAAACCUCUACGCCUUUCCUAAAGCACUAGGCCUGGUUACAUUCUUCUAUACCUGAGAAUUCUACGACUGUAAAUUCUCGAAAACUAGGUAUUUCCUAACACUAUUUAGUUGUUGACAUUUUGACUAAAUUCUGGUUCUUGGGGUUUUAAACUGGCUCUUCCAGCGUCUCCAAGAAAAAUCAAGCCCUUGGUCACAUUUUUGUAUUGGGCCCUCAGAAAUGUAGGACAUUUUUAUCUGCUAUACUAGAAUAAUGAAACAAUAUUUUUUAUAGAUUUCUAAACGGAAUUGUCAUAUAUUGGUUUCAAGCUUCUACUAUAUAAAAGGGUGGAAAAUAAAUCUUUUCUGUCAGAAACAUAAAAUGCAUGCCUUUUCAAUACAGUUAAUGUUAAGCAGUGUAAAAAUAAUAUUUCUUAGCGCAUGUCUGAUGGAUUUUUUUUAAAUAAAGGUUUGAGGAAAUACGUUUGUGGUAUUAUUAAAAUUCACUUCUUCCUCUGCACUAAAUGCCAUCAGUGAUUCAGGACUUUUUUAUAAAGACUGUAUGAUUUGAUAGUUGAACUUUUUAUUAUAGACGGCAACUAUUAUUAGAUCUAUAUUUUAGUUACAAACCUCAACCAGGCAAAGACCUUAAAUGUGCGCUCAAUUAUGGCAAAUAGCACUGAAAGAAAAAUGUUUAAAAACCCAGAAAGACAGUUUUCCAAACCUGUUGAAAUGAACGUUCAAAGAUAAGAGGGAAACAGCUAGGUGAAAUUGACAAGUGCAUCGUGAGGCUGCGGCUGUUGACAAAUGAAGUGCAGGAGAAAACUUUUUUUUUUAAUAUUAUUUUUAGCAAAGCGCCGUCUUUUCUUCCUUUUUCCUCUUCAUUCCUCUCUGGUCAGUUAGUCAAUGCACUAGAUAAGUGUCUGCGUAAUUACGUGCCCCAGCCCGAGUGUGAAAUGUAAGCAGUGGGUUGUGAUGAAAGAACCCGACGCAAGAAAGAAGGGAGGGUUAAGACUGUAAUUGGAAGAAAGUCCCGUGUGGAACUUUUGUUUUGUUUUUCAAACCACGAAAUUCUAUUAAAAGAAAUAUCGUUUGGUUGACUACAGCGCCAAAGAAGUUGCUAAGUAAACACUUGAUCAAAUGAAUGCUUGACCGUAGGAUCACAGCUUUCCUUAGUGGCUAUGGAGCUAAGCCAUGUUUCUGGCUUAAUAAAAUGGGAACAUUGUUUGACCCUCCAAACUGUAUUGCCAAUCUUGAAUUCUCUCACAGACGCCAAGUCCUGGAAGGCCUCUAUCUCAGAUCAUUAUAAUAGGAAUAAACCACGAUCCAAGAACUAUACAAAGACUACA